AUGGAGGUUUGCUGUUCAUUCAAGUCAUUAGUAGGAGGAAUCUGUGGUUCUGACAGUCGAGAUAGAAAACACGAAGUGCAAGUUGUUCCUCUGACAUCAUGUACAAAAGAUAUUGCGAACCAUCUAGCAUCCUUCUCGUUUUUUGGUCCACAAAACGAGAUAGACCUGAUAUUGUGUCGAGCGGCAAUUUUUAAAAUGCCAAACUCUUUUGACAACAUGACAAUAUGUCCACAGCAUCGUGCAAAACUUGGAUUGGGAUGGACAAGGGGAUCAACUAGAUGUAGAAUACCAGCUGCGUUAUCUAACCACGGGAAAGGAAGUAGAAAAAUAUGGCCAAAGGGAGACAGGGGACUUGGGAAACAAGAUUCUGAAACACUACUACAAAAGACUGGUGUGUUUAUUCAAGCUGGUUCCGGUAAUUGUUUGUAUUAUUAUUGUUUGUAUUAGUUGGGUGCGUCAGUUCAUUCAUUUCAUGUGCAUAUGUUUUGUUUACUUUACUAGGAAUAUGCAGGACAUGCCGAGAUAAAAUGAAGACGAUUAGACCAACUAUUCCCACCACAGCACUUGCGAAGUUGGAAGCACAACUAAAGACAGCAACAUUACAGGUAGUAUAUAGGUUAUGGUGUUAAAACCUAAUGAGGUUUUUCCUUCGCCAUGGAAAGCAAAUUAAAUCAAACACUGUGGCACAUUGCCAAUUAAAGGGUUGAAAGGAAUGCAGCAUUGGCAGACUGCUUGGUUAGCCCAUUGAGGGACACUCACUAGCCUCUCCCCUGGAAGAGUAAAAUCGUCUGGUGAUAGAGAGAAUAAAAUAAUAUUAGAUGUAGGGCAUAUCAGGGGGCAUGGUCACUUACAUGAUUAAAAUUAAUUUGUAGGAUGACUCUCCUGAAAAUCCAUUCAAAACCCUGCAGCAUCAACAUAUCCCAGUUACCCCAAUGAGCACUGUGCCGUCAACGCUAUUCUCACCUUCUGCUAUAUCCCAAGCCUUCGACCUGUCAAUGACCAACGAAUAUGAUGAGGAACCAUCUACAUCUACUCCAAAGGGUAAGCUAAACUGCUUUCUUGCUGCAAGAGAUGUAAGUCCAAUUCGAACCUCAAUGAUGACACCAUGGGAAGAAGCUGCAGGACGAACCAAAAGGCACUAUUUACGGAAAGCCAGACAGGUUGUCUUCGCUACCCUUGAAGAAAUUGCACCCAAUAAUUCUGAGAUGCUGUUCAGAGCAAUAAAAGAAAGGCAACUAGAUGAAAAUGAUGGCACGGAUUGCAUGCUGUUAGAAGCUUUAACAGCAUGCUACGAGAAUGCCAGCCAUUGGAGCAGUCGCAGACAAAUUCUCUCCAUCUUUGCCGAUAAGGUCAGCUUCAAAACUGUUCAACAAUGGAUUCCAGAUAUAACUCGCUAUCGAUAUAGCAUUGCAAGACACCACCUGUUGCUACAUGGCAGAGGCGCUGACAUUUCUCCCCAGAAACACGUCAGAAUUAAAGUACCUCCAGAGAAGCUCGACCACUUUUUGGCUUUCAUUACCAGUGCAAGGGUAAUACAAGAUUUGCCCUUUGGGGAGAAAACCUUAAAGCUCUCUACCACUGAAAUAAAGAUCCCAAACGUCAUAAGAAACUCCAUACCAGAACAGAUAAUUCAGCAGUAUCAGAGCUACUGUGCGGAGACCGGAUUUAGUUCCCCUUUGAGCCGUAGUAGCCUUUGCAGGAUACUAGACGUUUGUUCUGCAUCUACCCGCACCUCGCUUCAAGGCCUCGACUACUUCUCAGCAGAAGGUGGCAAAGCAUUUGAUGACAUGGUUACAGUC